AUGCUCAGCUCUGUCAUCAGAUUGGAGGAUUAUGCCGUGUCCGAUAAUAAUGGCUUCCUCCCCUCCAGUCCUCCUCUCGCCAAACUUCCCAGUUUCUACGAACCCUGGGAACUCCUUGCCAGCCAGCUAUCAACUCUGAUCAAAGAUGAAUCCAUCCGAUCAUUAAUUGAUAACCUUCCAAUCCUCAAUGUGACCUGGCUACAAUCCGAGCCGGAAUGGCGACGCGCCUACUCGGUAUUAGGGUUUCUCACCCACGCCUAUAUCUGGGGCGGCGAGAAGCCUAGAGAUAAAAUCCCUCCUUGUAUUACCAAACCUUUCCUCGAGAUCUGCGCACAUCUCGGACUCCCGCCCUGUGCAACAUAUGCAGGGCUCACUUUGUGGAACUACACUGCGCCUGACGAUGCAGAUAUCUCUAAUCCUGAUAACCUUUCCCUGUUAACCUCGUUUACUGGUACACCGGAUGAAGAGUGGUUUCUUGUUAUUUCGGUUGCUAUUGAAGCGAAGGGUGGCAAGCUUGUCACCCUGAUGCUUGAUACUAUUGCCGCGGCUACAGCCAACGAUGUACCACGCGUGACUGCAUUGUUGUGCAGAUUUACAGAUGGCCUGCGGGACUUCAACUCGACUCUCCAACGUAUGUAUGAGAGAUGCGACCCUGAUGUGUUUUUCUACCAACUCCGCCCUUUCCUGGCUGGUAGCAAGAACAUGGCCAGUGCUGGUCUGCCCAAUGGUGUUUUCUACGAUGAGGGAAAUGGCCAGGGACAGUGGCAUCAAUACAGUGGAGGUAGUAAUGGUCAAAGCUCGCUGAUCCAGACCUUUGAUAUCUUCCUGGAAGUGAGCCAUGCAGCCACCGGCGGCAUUAGUGGGCCUUCUGGAUAUCUACAAGAAAUGAGGGACUACAUGCCUGCUUCUCAUAAGAAAUUCCUCGAAGUUCUGGCCCACUUCUCCAACGUCCGCUCAUUUGUCAUGUCUUCGCCGGCUGAACAAUCACUGAAAGAAUCAUACAAUGCGGCGUGUUUGGCUCUCGCCGCAUUCAGAGAUACUCAUAUGAAGAUUGUUACGCGAUACAUCAUCCUACCGGCUCGACGGGGUGCGCCAAAGACAAAUGCAUCUGAGAAUGUCAACCUCGCCACGGCGAGUGCCCAGGUGGAUGGACUGAGGGAUGAGACCCCGUCUGGGUUGUUCGGAACUGGAGGGACUGCUUUGAUGCCUUUUUUGAAGGAGACCAGAGACACCACUAAGGAUGCGGCUUUUGACUAA